CUACAAUAAUAUUAUACGAUGUAUAAUGUAACGAUUUAGCAGAUCACACACAUUCACACACACACACACCACACACACAUACACACACACUGGACAAUCAUAUUUUUCAACCGGUUAGGUUAGUUCGGUCGGUUCGUUCAUUCAGUCGGUGUCACUACGGCCACGCGCUCGUCGACGUUGUAUUUCGUGGUAUCAACUAAGACUGUUGUUCGUCCGUGUCUACAAAUCUGUUCUUUUAGUCUUCUCAUUUUUGUACGAAUUAUAUAGCAGGACAUAAUAUGGCGCAGUCUUCAUUGAAACAAGUGAUCAACUUCGGAGCAGGACCGGCCAAGAUCCCUAAACAGGUUCUGGAACAGGUCAAAAAUGAACUUUUGGAUUGCGGUUGCGGCAUCAGUGUUAUGGAACUUAGUCACCGAUCAUCCGAGUACACAUCCAUCAACAACCGAGCUAUUCAGUUGUAUAGAGAAUUACUUGACAUCCCGGAAAACUAUAAAAUAUUAUUGAUGCAAGGAGGAGGAACCGGUGCUUUUGCUUCAGUAGCGUUGAACUUAUUACACAGGGGUGAUAAAGCUGAUUACAUUUUGACAGGCGUUUGGUCUACUAAAGCCGCUAAAGAAGCUUCUAAAUACUUAAAAGUAAAUCAUGUGUUUCCAAAACCUGAAAAAUUUAAUGGAAUUCCCGAUCAAUCUACAUGGAAUCUAGAUCCGGAAGCUGCAUAUGUGUAUUAUUGCGAUAACGAGACAGUGAACGGAGUUGAAUUUCCUUUCAUUCCCGAGACAAAUGGUGUACCAUUGGUGUGUGACAUGUCAUCCAACAUUAUGACGAAGGUAUUUGACGUGACUAAGUUUGGUGUGGUGAUAGCUUGUGCGCAGAAGAACCUUGGUCCCGCCGGUAUAACUGCAAUCAUUAUACGCGAGGACCUUUUAGGAAAACCAAGUCCGCUUUGUCCACAGGUAUUCGACUAUACAUUGUUCACUCAAGAAAAUUCUUUGCUUAAUACACCUCCAACAUUAAUAGUUUAUAUUUUUUCGCUUGUAUUACAAUGGGUGAAAAAUCAAGGAGGUCUUGUUGCUAUGGAAGCUAAUUCAAAAGCAAAAAGCGAACUUUUAUACAAAACCAUAGAAAAUUCUCAAGGCUUUUAUUCAUGUCCAGUGGCUAAGGACUCCAGAAGUCGUAUAACCGUGCCAUUUUGUCUAAAAGCGGGAGCUGAAGCUGACAAGCAGUUCCUUAAAGAAGCACAAGACUUAGGAUUUUUGCAGCUUAAAGGACACAGAUUGGUGGGAGGAAUUCGAGCAGCCAUGUAUAAUGCUAUGACUUUAGAUGAAGUGGCAAUUCUAGUCGAAUUUAUGACUAAGUUUCAGGAACGAAAUCCACAAUAUUCCGCCUAAAAAUAAUUAAACUAUUCAAUAUCUAUCAAUA